UGCGACUGUGAUCCUCACGCAGAUGUUCUAAUUAGACACCAUCGUCCUGCCGGAUCCCCAUGCUGAUACUGGGCCACUUUCCAUCCCUUGGAGAGGGAGCUAGCUGGCAGAGUACGGGAGGAAGGUAUUUAUAGAAAAAUGGGGCCUCACUUUACCCUUUUUGGAGAGAGAAUUAUUAAGGAUCUGUGCUACGCUGUCCCAGUUUCUCAACGUUAGCUCUGCAGGCAAGGCUGGCUGGACCUGGCCAGGGAUGCAGAGUCAACUCGGCGAGCAGCAGCAGAGCUCUGGCACUUCCUGCACCUUUUUGAUUUAUUUUAAUGGCAGUGCUCUGUGCGUGCUUGACUUUGGCGAUGGGGGCAUUGUGAAGGAAUGCACCGAAUGGAGGUCCUGUUGGACAGUUUCAGGAUUCACCUGGGUGGGAGAAGCGAGCCGGAUAUCUUUCUGACAUCCUGACAUUUCUGUGCUUGUGGCACUUGUUGAAUUUUAUACAAAAUGAAGAAAUUCCUGCAGAACAAGAAGGGAAGGUACUCUUUACGCCAGCAGAAGUCUGGCCCUCGAUAUCCAUCUAAAGAUUUCUUCCUCAACAUGCCAACAUCCAACCAGGGCUGGCCGGAGGAGUUCGGCUUCCAGCUGGGGGGCAAUGGGCCCAGCUACAUCCUUUCUGUGGAGGAGGGUAGCAGUGCCCACCUGUCGGGCCUGCAGCCGGGAGAUCAGGUUUUGGAGAUUGAAGGACAAGACGUGUCCACCCUCGGACCUCAGGCUCUGAUCACCCUGGCACAGAUGCAGAAGAACAUCCCUCCCAGCAUUGGGGUGGUCUCCAGAAUCCAGCAGAUGGAUAUCACCCCGGGCCCUGAUGGUCGGUUUGGCUUCACUAUUGUGGGAGACUGCCCCCUGCUGGUGGAGGACUGCUCUCCCUGCUCCCCUGCAGGCCGCAGUGGUCUGAGGGCAGGUGAUUAUGUUAUGGAAGUGAAUGGAAUCCCAGUUAAACAACAUGAGAUGGCUGCUGCGCUGAUAAAAGCCUCACAAGGCCGUACGCUGCGGCUGGGAGUGCUGUGUAUGGGCAGUCGCCAGAAACGCAGCAGUGGCAGCAUAGAGGAAUGCCAGAAAGGCAACGAAGGCACGCGACUGGACCGCAAGCACAAGGCCCUGGAGUUCAACAAGAGGAUUGAGGAGGUGUUGGGGAAUGAACCUGAAGUAAAGGAGAAGCUGUUUGCUGUGCUGAAGCAGUUCGCUGCAGAGAGGAAGGUGGACUGGCUGGCCUCGGUUCUUCCAGACAUCCUGACCACUGAGGAGCAGCAGCAGCUCAUUUCUAACAUCAGGAUCUUCAUCCCUAAGAAGCACCGGCAGCGCUUCGACGAGGCCAUCUCCCAGAGCCUCAUCAACCGCAUGUGCCGGAGCAGGAGCCUGAACGACCCGAGCCAGGGACGCCUGCGCCGCAGCAGGAGCCAGGACCACCACGAGCGAGCGCAGAGCUCCAAGCGGGCAAGUUCUGUCCCCCGGGACAGCGGGGAGGACCAGGAGCGUGGGAAUAGAAAGAGCACCUCCGGCAUUCCCAGCAUCCCUCCUACCGGACCCAACCAGAGGAUUAUCCGUGUGUACAGAGGAAAAAAGAGCUUUGGGUUCACUCUCAGAGGUCAUGCCCCUGUGUGGGUUGAUUCUGUCAUUCCAGAUAGCCCUGCGGAGGAGUGCGGUCUUAAACCAGGAGAUCGCAUUCUGUUUCUCAAUGGCCUGGAUAUGAGGAACUGCUCCCAUGAGAAAGUGGUGUCCAUGUUGCAAGGCAGCGGCGCCAACCCCACUCUGGUUGUAGAAGAGGGUCCGGCGGUGUACCCGUCAUCAGAUUCUGAGCCAGAGGAGACCCCUCCAAUGCCCCGCUCGCGCUCCCCCGCUCUCAGCUCUCUGCAGUGGGUCGCAGAGAUCCUGCCCCCCAGCAUCCGCGUGCACGGACGCACCUUCAGCCAGCAGCUAGAGCACCUCCUCACCCUGCAGGAGAGAUACACCAUCUGCAAAGCCCUGGAGACCUUCUUCCAGCACAGAAAUGUGGACACGCUCAUUGUGGAUGUGUUUCCUGUGUUGGACACCCCGGCCAAGCAGCUAAUCUGGGAGUUCAUCUACCAGCUUCUGACCUACGAGGAGCAGGAGCGCUGCAAGAGCAAGAUCUCACGCUUCCUGGGAUUUAAGGGAGCAGCAGAGCCUGAACUAGGACCAGAGAAUCAUAGACGUAGCAGUUCCAUGAGGGUGACUGGGACAUCCCACCGAAACACUAUGAGAGAAAGAAGCUCAGAUGACUGCAUCAUCGGCACUCAUCUGGGAAUGGGAACUUUCACAGAGCCUCCAACUCCAGGAGAAAGACAGUGUGGGGAUGGGACUUCCUUCCCAGAGUCCCCUGAUUUGAAACAUAUGUCAGGAGUGUACACAGAGUUGGAGAGUACGUAUGCAGGGAAGAACAGCAAGCCUCUUCAGAGUCACUCUUCACCUGGAACUGAGAGCAUGGGCCACGCUGAGAGCCAUGCACUCAAUCGCUCCUUCACACUCACAGGAAACCGCAAAUCAGGCCUAUCUCUGUCCUGGAAGGAGCCCUUUCCCAGCACUGAGCUUUACCAGCAGACUGUUCCAUCUCCAGGAAGCGUGGACUCAAACCCCUAUGUCAGCUUAGACAGCCCCCCUGCAUCACCUCAGCAAAUAGAUGAAACCCCAAGUCCCCUGUCCCGACGCAGGAAACUCUUCACUUUCUCCAGGCCCCCCCGCAGCCGAGACACAGACAAGUUCUUAGACGCUUUGAGUGAACAGCUUGGCCAUCGGGUCACCAUUGUAGAUGACUUCCUUGGAGGCGAGAAUGACUAUGAGGAGAUGAGUUUCCAGGAUGAGCAGGAGAACAUGUCCCGUCAGCUGAGCAGCGCCAGCAGUGAAGAUCACAGCAGUGACGACUCCACCUCUGUGACCUACUCUUCUGGAUCUGACCACAUCCCACCUCCUCCCCAGAGCCCCCCACCUCCACCCCCACCACUCCAGUUCACUGACCCACCCUCUCCUAUCUGCCUCACCCCACAGCACCUGCCCCAGCCACCCCCCGCCUUCCAGAACCACCCAAUCAUCGCCCCUCCUCCACCCCCACCCCGCUUUUUCCUGUCCAGCCGGCCAACGCUGCAUAAGGUACUGCCUACCCGUGAAGAGACCAGGUUCCAGCACCCGCAGCCCCGGCAGCCUUCUCCUCAGCCUAUACCUGCUCAGCCCACCUAUCAGCUGCACCAACCCAAAGCCCACCCCAUCCUACAGUCCAACACAAACACGUCACCACAGCCAUCCCACACGUCACCCCGCCCCCCACUGAGGCACCAGGCCCAGUCCAUCUACCAGAGCCAGCCAAGCACUGCUGCUCCCCGGAGCUCACCCAUCCAGCCCAAAGCCCAGAGCCACUCCCCUCAGCCUCCACAAAAGGUUUACGAGAGCACCUUCUCCACCAAGAUACCCCCACCACCACCGCCUCCACCACUGCCCCCACCCUGUGAACCACCACCACUCCCCAAACCCAGCCCGCAAGCUUCCGACACUAACCACAUGAGUGUAAAGAGACUCCGCUGGGAACAGGUGGAGAAUUCUGAAGGCACCAUCUGGGGACAGCUUGGAGAUGACCCUGACUAUGGUAAACUAAGCGACAUGGUGAAAUAUCUCGAUCUGGAGCUCCACUUCGGCACGCAAAGGAGUUCCAUCUCUCUUCCAGAGCCCACCUUUCUGCCAGAGAGUUUUAAAAAGAAAGACGUGGUCGAGAUUCUCUCUCAUAAAAAGGCCUACAACGCUUCCAUUCUCAUAGCCCACCUGAAGCUGUCUCCAUCAGAGCUGCGGCAGGCCCUCAUGACCAUGACCACCGAGCGCCUGCAACCUUCACACCUUAAACAGCUGCUGCUCUACUCUCCUGACGAUGAGGAGGUCAAACAGUUCCAGCACUUUGACCAAGACCCUUCCAAGCUCAGUGAACCUGACCAGUUCGUCCUUCAGAUGUUGUUAGUGCCUGAGUACAAAACCAGAUUACGAAGCCUCCUUUUUAAGACCACCCUGCAGGAGAAAACGGAAGACAUGAGAGCUGGCUACGAGUGCAUCUACAAAGCCUCCUUAGAGCUCAAAAACAGCAAGAAACUGGCAAAGAUCCUGGAGUUUGUUUUAGCAAUGGGGAAUUACCUUAAUAAUGGCCAGCCCAAGACAAACAAAACUACAGGAUUUAAAAUCAACUUUCUUACUGAGCUCAGUACAACAAAAACGGUUGAUGGGAAGUCAACUUUCCUUCACAUUUUAGCCAAAUCACUAUGCCAACAUUUUCCAGAACUUCUGGGCUUUGCAGCAGACCUUAUAACAGUGCCACUUGCUGCAAAAGUCAACCAAAGGACCAUCACAGCCGACCUCAGUGAUCUCCACUCCACUAUCAAGGAGAUCAGGACAGCCUGUCUGAAGAUUCCAGCCACAACGGAGGAUAACUUUGCCGUCGUCAUGAGCAGCUUCCUGGAGAACUGCCAUCCAACUGUGCAGUCUCUGGAUUCUCUUCAGCAGAGAUCCAUGGAUGAGUUCGGCAAGGUAGCCUCGUACUUUGGAGAGGACAGCAAGAGCACCUCCACUGAGAGCUUCUUUGGCAUUUUUGCGGAGUUCAUAUUCAAGUUUGAGAGAGCUCUAAAUGAGACCCAGGCUACAGAAAACCCCCGGAGUCCUCGCAUUGCCUCACCCUUAGCCUGGUGAGAACAUGCCUUAGAAACUCUGCUCUCUAGAACCACGUGCCAAGAACUCCAGAGAACAUCACCGGAAGCAAGAAACAUAAUUUUUAUUUCAAAUUUAUGAGCUAGCUAUAUUAAGAGUUUACCUUCGACAGAAAGAAUAUAUAUAUUUUCUAUAACUAUAGAGUCGUUUACUCGAAAUAGAAGAUAUAUUAUAUGAAGAAAGCUUAUAUAAAUCGUUCAGAAUUUUAAUUUUAAAAAAAAAAGUAUUUGAUUUUUCAGCGGCAAACGAGAAUGUAGUGAGAAUAUCAGCACUUUAGGUUUCUCUAACCCACAGCUGAUGGUAUUGUGGUCGGCUGUUCAAUAUAACGUUCUACUGACCAAAUAAUGUACCAAUCUCACGCAGGCAGACCCUAAUGAUGGAAGGAGUCAAUCAUCCGCACGUCAGAUGUAAUUUUGUCUAAACGUCAGAAAGAGGCGACGUUUAGUCUCUGCUCAGCAUUAGUGUUGUCACUGCUGUUUCCCCAAGACCAGAAUACACUAGUGCUGGGGGAACCUGUGUGUGGUUCAGCUGAUCUGUGGUGACGCUGUGCAUGAGAACGUGCUGUAUGUAUUACGAAUCUGACUGUCAUCUAUGAUUUCUCUUGCUGUGAUCAUUCAAAGUUGAAUUGAAGAAAAAAGAAGAAAAUUGCAUAAUCGCCACUUUAGUCUCUAUGAAAUUGCACUGUGUUUACAUCCUGUUACAUUAUUAUGCAGCUCAGCUGACUAAAGGUCAACUUUUCAUUUGAAAUUGUUUGAUAUCGCACCAUUUUAAUGUUCUCUCCUCAUGACGUCAUAUUUUCACAAUUUAUCUGUAGCCUACUUAUUAAAUCCAAAUGCAUGAUUUUACUUAAUGCAUAUCCUUGUGUCAAAAACCAUGUUCAUACAUUUUUUGAUCAGUCAUAC